AUGCUUGGAGACAAUAUGGAUGUCUGUGAUGAUAAUGGAGAUAAUAACUUUCGGGGCUUGGAUAGAAAGCAAGCGAUGUUGCUUGAGACGCAAGAGAAGCGGCAAUGCCUCCUAACAGGCAAUGUUGAUCAUCAUGUCAUGUACCACCAGGACAACAAUUAG